CGUGGGUGCUGCCGCAAGGUCGAUUCAACCAAUAGGAGGCGUUGAUUCAACCUUCGCUGCCGUCUAUUGUUCGCCAUCGCCAUCCAGCUCCAGUAGCGUGGACGAUGCCUAGACGUCACGUUGGCAUGUUUGGUGGCUCUGCACAGAAGCAGGUUAUGGCUAAGGAGUCGUCAACCAUACCUUCUGCUCCAAAGAUGCAGCCAAGUAAAGAUGCAGAACAGCAGACCAGCUGUGCAGAGAGCAGUCCGGACAGGGGCUACCAGCAUAUACCUGAGCCUAGCACCCAUCCUGCUCGUGACCGCAGCGAUAGCUGUGAUCGUGGCUAUAGCAACGAGCAUGAUAAUCAGCAUGGUUUUGGACGAGGCUUUAAUGGAGAUCGUUUGUACGGUCCUGAUCAGAGUCGCUUCAUAACACCACUGUCAAGACCUAAUUAUCCUGGAUGUGAUGACAUCAAAAAUGGUGUCUGGGCUCGUUUCUACGCACCGGAUCCAGAAAUUCUGCAUGGCUCAGGAGGGCAACCAUGGAUGAAGAACCAGCCUGAACUGCGCAUGGUUCCAGCUCAAAGCAUGCGUCCAGCUGCAGCUGGAGGUGGUGAUACUUCAACUGCUGCAGUGAAGCAGCUGAGUGAGGAGCGAAACUUCCUAAAGUCUCAGCUGCAGCUUAUGAAGAAUCGAAACACGGCUUUGGAAAGACAAAUAGCUGCUAAAGAUUCUCUUUGCCAAGCAAAAAACAACCCUCUUUCAAAGCUGCCAGAUAUUCUCAUGCUUUUGGGAAAAGUGAAGCUUCAGAGAGAGCAGUUCUCAAGUGACCCUGAUGUCAAGGACAUUGUUGAGAUGGCUUUGAAUAUCUACGAGACCUGCCGGCAGAUAGCCAAGCCAAUUCAAAGCCUGGAUUCUGCAGUCACUCGCUAUCAAGCAGCUCAAGAGGCCAUCGAAAAGUGCUGUGGCUUGCACCAACUGCCCGCAUUGAGAGCUGAGCGCGAUGCGGCCUCUGAGGAACUUCGGCAGCAGCUGCAAGCCCACAAAGAGAUCGCAAAAGAUGCUGACCAAGCGAAUCGUCACAAUGUCGUGCUUAUCAAAGGAGCCUUGACUGAGCUGAAACAGGCCUUUGGUGAGCUGCUGGCAGUUUCUGGAGGUGCCUCAUUGAACAUUGCAGCUGUGCCUCUGACCUUUGAUGAACUAAGCCAAAGCAUUGCUAGACUGAAGAUGGAAAAAGGGCCAGGCUUCCAGAGGCAAAGGCAGAAGACUGACACUGCACGUGCUCGUCUCAUAACUUUCCUGCAAGAACUGGUACAGGCCCUUCAAAGUGCUAAGGCUGAAUCUGGUGGAAAGCAGUUUUCUGUUAGUUGCAUAGAUGGAUUUUUGGAGGACCUUGAACGCUGUCUCCAGGAAGAAGUGUCUGUAUGUAAUCUGAUAUCCUCUGCCAGUUGUGGGCGUCUGGGCAUUCUUGUUCGGCAGCUGGUGGCAGAACUUCAAAAGACACUAUCUCGUUUAUCUGAUGCUGUUCUUGCACAAGAUCGCUAUAGCAGCCUGCUUCACGAACUUGGCAUUGAUAGUUCACCGCUUGACUUCAAAGAUUGCGAACGAAAAGCCAGGGAAGCCCGCCUGCUGUGGUACAAUAUCAAUACACUUAAAGGGGCCUUGCUACACCGUUUGGCUGACCUGGUGUAUGUUCAGUUUGACAAUGUAGAAAGGGAAAAGGUCGCUGCAGACAUCCGUGCAGUGCGUCUGAGGCUUCAAGGUGUCUUCAGUGAAGAGGAACAGCUUUUGGAUCAAUUGUCUCGGCUAAUGGUCCAGCGGUUUCCUGAGUUGGUACUCCUUUUUCCAGAGUUGAAGUUACCAGAGUAUCAGAAGUUCAACAGCCUUCUGAAGUUGCAGUGGGAGCUGUUUGCAUUUGAGAUUGAAACCAACGGACCGCAGCUGAAGACGACGUUCUGUGAAGAGGACAUGUUAAUAAUUGAGUAUGCAGUGGGUGUACCCGGAGACCUGGAUGUGCUCCUCAUGAAGGUUACACAGUACAGCUAUGCCCGCUGCAGUCACCUGCUUCCCGUUAGAGCAGUCUUUUUUCCCCAGGACCAGCGCCAUGUGUACAUCAUGGUUCCCUCCAUGGGGAAGCCCCUGGUGAUGCAUGCUCGAUCUGUCCUGCCUCAUCUGACUCUUCUGCAUGACGUUCUGAGCGCCCUCCACGUGCUGCAUACAUCUGUAGAGAGGAAACCUUCUAUUGGCCAUGGCCGUGUACAUCCUGCCUGGAUUCUGCUCUCUGAUGACAGCAAGUCCGUCGUACUUGAUCUGCCCGACUUCAGUGUCUACAUGCUGGGCAAUAGCCACCAGUUGCCUGUUGCUGGCGGGAUUGACUUCACUUCCCCGGAACUGCGCAUCACAAAUGUCAAUCAAGAACCGACGCCUGCCAGCGACAUGUUUGCUUUUGGGUGUCUGAUGCUAUGGCUGAUGUUCCCUGGAGCAGUAUUCAAGCAUGGAUGCCUGGGAACCCUUGGACCUGCUGAAGAGAUGGAGGUUGGUACCCGACGAGAAGUUUCGGUGAUACAUUCCCUGCUGAAAGAAAACCCUACUGAUCGGCCAACAGCAGCACAGCUUCUUGAGAACCCUCUUUUCGCUGGGUUCAGCAAGGAUCAACGACCAAGCACUGCCACCUGAGUGGCUGUGAAGGCAAAGUUGUCAGUGGCUCAAACUCUCUCCCUACCCUUUGAUCACUGAAGUGAAGCAUUGGUUUGCUCUAAGUUGUGUUUUGUAUGUUGUGAUGCAUGUGUAGGGUUAAAUCUCAAUUACCAUUACCUGUCUGUGAUAGGAAACAAUGCAUUUUUAAGCUAAUUUGUUCUUAAAUUGAUGCUAAUAGUUAGUUGUACCACAGUCUUUCAAAGCAUCCAUAUCAUUCCACAUUUUGUCUAAGCAUGUAUAGAAAAAGAAAAAGUUUGUAGCUAGCACGAAGUGUUAGCUCCCUUUUCCCAUUCUAUACUCUUUCUGUCGCGAUUUGUUUAAAGUUGAUGCUGCAAAUAGUUAUUUGUACCACAGUCUUUGAGAGCAUCCGUAUCAUUCCACAUUUUGUCUAAGCAUGUAUAGGAAAAAAAAAUGUUUUGCAGCUAACGUGAACUGUUUCCUCGCUUUUUCCCUCUGCUUACUCAUCUUUUUACCCUCCAUACGUCACAUUUAUGGCAUUUGUUUUUGAAAAAGCAUUCAAAAUAGAUUGCGAUUAGUUUAAAACUGAUGCUAAUAGGUAGUUGUACCCCAGUCUUUCAAAGCAUCCACAUUAUUCCAUGUUUUGUCUAAGCGUGUAUAGGAAAAAAAGUGUUUUGCAGCUAACACGAACUGUUUGCUUGCUUUUUCACACUGCUUACUUGUUUUUACCCUCCAAACAUCACAUUUAUGGCAUUUGUUUUUGAAAGAGCAUUCAAAAUAGUUUGCGAUUUGUUUAAAACUGAUGCAAAUAGGUAGUUGUACUGCAGUCUUUCAAAGCAUCCACAUCAUUCCACGUUUUUUCUAAGCAUGUAUAGGAAAAAGAAGUGUUUUGUAGUUACCAUGAAGUGUUAGCUCGCUUUUUCCCACUGCUUACUCGUGGUUUUUUUUUUAACCUCCAAACAUCACAUUUAUGGCAUUUGUUUGAAAGAGCAUUCAAAAUAAAGUGCACUUUGUUUAAAAUUG